CACCAACUUCGUCAAAAUUCUUUGAAAAACUGUUUCUUUCAUGCUGCGAGUAACUUUUCUUCGAUUGCAUUGUGCUUUUCGAUGAAUUUCAACGAACUUGUUGAACAAUGUGAGGUAAGCUUAUUUCAUAUUGUUGACGUAAAGACGAAUUACACCAUCGCUAAAGCUUUAAAGCUUUUCUUUCAAUUCAUAGAUGCUACGAUAGAGUUUUGCUUUAUAUACUCGCUUCAAUCAGUGAAAUGUCAAUCAGUUUUAAUCAAGCUUUCUUUGAUAAUGGACAUAGUAAGUGCAGCCAGUAAAAUAAUCGAUCAGAACUCAGCAAAAGGAGUUGAUGAUCCAUUCUAUAUCCUUAAUAUUGAGAAUGUAAAACAUAAAUACGAAAUUUGGAAGGAGAAAAUUCCAAGAGUUGUUCCUUAUUAUGCAGUCAAGUGCAAUGAUGACGAACGAGUGUUGAGACUUUUAAGGAACUUAGGUGCUGGAUUUGAUUGUGCAUCAAAGAAAGAAUUUAAUCAAAUGUUAGAUUUAGGAGUUGAUCCAGAAAGAAUAAUUUAUGCACAAACAGCAAAGCAAGUGUCACAUUUGAAGAUGGCAGUAGAUAAAGGAAUUCAGAAAAUGACAUUUGACUGUCCAGAGGAACUUCAAAAGAUCAAAAAAUUACAUCCAAAUGCAAAAGUUGUGUUGAGAAUUAGAUUUGAUGCUAAAUCAUCUUUUGUGAAUUUAGGACCGAAAUUCGGUUGCAAUCCAGUAACAGAAGCACCAAACCUAAUUCAACUCUGUAAAGACAUGCAAAUGAAUCUGAUUGGAAUCUCAUUUCAUGUUGGCACAGCUACAACAGAUUAUAAAGUUUUUGGAAAUGCUUUAGAUGCUGUUCGAGAAUUAUUCAACUUUGCUGAGACUUUGGAUAUGAAACUUAAUUUUGUGGAUAUAGGAGGUGGAUUUAUGGGCGGCAAUACAGAACUUUUCGACAAUAUUGCAACGACAAUCAAUUCAGCACUUGAUAGAAAUUUUCCAUCCGAAGAUAUUGAAAUCAUCUCAGAACCUGGACGAUAUUUUGUAGACACAGCAUUCUCAAUUGCAGCACAAAUAGUUUUAAAGAAGAAGUCAGAAGAUGGACAAAUUUAUUAUUUUAUAAACGAGAGCACAUACUUAUCAUUCUGCUACUACACAGACAAAGACAAAUUAAAUUAUUCAGUCAUCAAAAAAUCAAAUUUAGAGAAUCAUUCAGAGAAAAAGUUGUCAACAAUUUGGGGCUGUACAUGCAGCUCACUUGACAAAAUUUAUUCAGAUAUUGAGUUUCCAGAAUUAGAUGUUGAUGACUGGAUUAUUUUUCACAAUAUGGGAGCUUACUCAAGGACAAUAUCUUCAGAUUUUAAUGGAUUCUCCAACAGAAGUUCUUACAUUUUAGAAAGGAACGAAAAAUCAAGUAAAAAGUCAUUUACAGUUAAAAUUAUUCAUAUGAAAAUUGAUGAAAAAUUCAUUUAAUGUUUAAAACUUUAGAAUUAGCUCACUUAUUAAGUAUUUUACAAUUUUGAUCUUCGCUCCUUUGUUGUUCUAUCUUAUGUAAUAUAGUCAUUUAAUUUUUGAACCCUAAAGACCUUAAAGCUUGUUUCCAUAAGCUGUUAACUUAAUAAAGAUAAAG